GGGCCUCACACCUUCAUUGGGGUCAAAUUUCUCGUGCAGCCUCUUCGGGAAACGAUCGCAAGAGAGAGACACAAGUGGAGGCCGUCACGUCGCCGAGAUUUGCUCUCUGGAAUUACAAACUUUUCACGGCCUGUUUGGGCUCAGCUGAAGUCGCUUUUUCAGAAAGACGACGAUGUAAAUUUGGUGGGUGCGUUUGGCUCGACUCGUUAAUGCAUUCAGGGGGGAUAAUAUUUAAGUCUUGAAUGAGCUCUGUGGGCUGCGGAUCCCCGAGCAGAGACCGUUUUGGGGCAGCAGCAGAGACAGACGCACCACACGGCAACGAGCACGUUCGUGAUCCCGCACAGCAUGAACCUCAUAGGGGGCUACCAGCAUCACCACCACCUGAUGCACGAACCCUUCCCGUUCGUCCAGCGGUGUCACCAGGAUGCGCCCUACUUCCAGAGCUGGGUGGUGAACCACGGCGAGGUGCCGCCGGACUUCCAAAUCCAGGCGCCCUACCCGGCCGCGGAGCUCGGGGCGCCCGGAACGACGCACGACGUGCGGCUGGAGGGGCUCCAGGCGGGGAUGGGGAAGAGGAGGACGUCGGGGCCGAAGAAGGAGCGCAGGCGGACGGAGAGCAUCAACACAGCUUUCGCCGAGCUGAGGGAGUGUAUCCCCAACGUUCCCGCGGACACCAAACUGUCUAAAAUUAAAACUUUACGCCUGGCGACCAGUUACAUCGCAUACCUGAUGGACGUCCUGGCCAAAGACUCAGGGGAAACGGAGGGCUUUAAGGCCGAGAUUAAGAAAUUUGAAAACCGGGAUCUGAAAAGAAAACGGGAGCCGACCGACGGCCUGCAGGAGUCGUUAGGAGCCGAGAAGAAGGUGAAGGGCCGGACCGGGUGGCCGCAGCAGGUCUGGGCCCUGGAGCUCAACCAGUGACCCUCCUCUUCCUCCCCCUCCUCAGAGACUCUGGAUUCAAAUCAGAUAAAAACCACUGACUGGUUGAACCUAAACACACCGCUGUGCACAUGCAGUGAAGCGCAAAAGGAGAGUGAAUUAAAGGCCAACACGGAGGCGAGGCGCAGGAGGCGCUUCUUCCCUCCCGGUGUGCUAAAUCUGACUGUAGCUGUUUGAUAUUUGUGGUAUUUCUGCUUUUUGAUGUCCCCACCCCUCCAGAACUGUAGACCAGAUGUUGCCACGGUGUCGAAAAACAUCUGUCUGCCCUAAAAAUGCGUUUUAUCCGGCGUCGAGUUGGUGGUGUUGUCCACAUCUGAUGGCGCUGGAGUAGUAAAUAAAUAAAUGAUAAAAAAAGGACAAAGCGGAGUCUGAGAGGAGCGCCAUUACAGAGUUGAAAACCUGAGAUUAUUUUUAGUUUUAGCUCAGAUUACUGGGAUGAUGAUUUUUUUUUUCAACCUGGAUUGUUUUGAAAAUUGUUCCAAAUUACAGCCACAGUAAGACUGAGAAAAAUGUUGAUUCUCCAGGUGGUUGUUGUCCAAUCAGAGGGCAGGUUUGACGCUCAGUUAUCUCAGCUUUGAUUCAGACUUAAACUAAAGUUUGUUUGGGAGCGCGUUUAUUGCCGCUGGGAAAUUAAAUUAUCAUAAUCAGUGAAGUAUUCUGGCCUGAAAGUUGAGCUGCAAAAAUGUUACAAACUGAUACUUCAUGCCUGCAAGUUAUUAAAAAAUAUUUUAAGUUAAAAUAUUAGUAAAUCAACCCGUAAAUUGAUGAAUGAAUCUGUAUUAUCGCUUAGUUUUAAUCCCACAGGCUUCUUUGUAAAGUAAAAAGUGAAGACCAGCAGGUCCAAACACGUGGACACUUGGCUGAAUUUGGUGAAUAUUUGAGACAUCCUCCUCCUAGCUUUUGCUCCCGUUACUGUAAACUCCACCGGCUGUUGUUGCUUUUAGAAAACUAUUGAAUUUCCUGAAUCUACCUCAAAGUGAACGCGACUGUCCGCUCCGAGGAGACGAACACUCGACUGAAUGUUGACGCACAGCUUUCAUAAAAAGGUUCCAGACUGUGCGUCAUGUGGACGCAGAUGUAACCCGUGCAGUGGAUGUGAAGUUCUAUUUAGUUCCGUAAAUAAAUGAAUUAUUUUAUGACACUCGAGCUGUGGUGGACGUAGAUGUUUCUUAUUUAACGGUCUCUUUUCUUCCACAGGAAAAUAAAAUAAAAGGUAAUAUCGUGA